GCGGUAGUGAGGGAUAAAUAUAUCCCCCUCCUCCUCCUUCUUUCGUUGAGUCCGCAACAUCCUGACUGGCUAAGGCUGGUGAUCGCAGGCAGCGGCAAAGCCCCUACAAGACGGAUGAAUUAGACAAAAAAAAAACUGCUGCAACCACCGCCGCCCCCUGUGUCUUUUAUUAUUCUGAAGAGUCGGGCUGUAAACACUGCCGCUCUCUUUGUGACAGUGUGAAGCGGAUACCAGGCUCCCUGUGUGAAGAUUCACCAUGGGUAUCAAGGCUGCCCUCCCCAGAUAUGAACUGUAUCUGUACACAGCUGUGCUCGGUGUGGCCUUGAUAUGGGCAGGCAGUUGGAUAUUUGAUGCUUCGAACGAGAAUAUAAACAGAAAGGCCUUCAAAGAAAGUGUGAAACCAGGAUGGCAUUACUUUGGCAGGAAAAUGGAUGUGGCGGACUUCGAAUGGAUGAUGUGGUUCUCUACAUUCCGCAAUCAUAUCCUUUUCGCUCUCAUCGGUCAUGUGAUCUUUGCCAAGAUAUUCACCCUGAUAGCUCCAAAGGUGCGUGCAUGUGUGUGCUGUAGAUGCAGAAAGAGUCAGUGUGGAUGUCGAUCCUUGAUCUUUGGUGUGUAUGGUGGUUUGGCAGUCCUGGUGACAAUGGGCUGGACCUUCAUGGCUCUGGUUCUGUCUCACUGCAUCAUCCUCUACAGUGUUGCUCUGGUCAAGAGGAAAUGGAUGUGCUUGGGAGCCGGCCUCGCCACACUGGCCUCCAUCAAGUUGGAGCCUUAUAACUCCUGGCAGGAAAGCUUGGUGACUGGUUCCUUUGACCUGCAAGACAUCCUGUUCUAUGGAGGCUGCGGCUUCAGCAUCAUGCGCUGUAUGAGCUUUGCUUUAGAGAACUGCGAUAAGAAGGACGGCAGCUACACGUUCUGCGAGCUGCUGAAAUACAACUUCUACCUCCCCUUCUUCUUCUUCGGACCCAUCAUGACUUUCGACAGGUAUCAUGCCCAGGCGAACAACACCCAGUUGACCCGCAAAGAGAGGGAGAUGUGGAACAUCACCACCAAGGCUGUGUUGCACCUGGGAGUUAUUCUGGUGGUGGACGUUUUCUUCCACUAUCUUUACAUCCUGACAAUCCCCAGUGACAUGAAGCUGGUCUCCAAGCUGUCUGACUGGUGUCUGGCUGGCCUGGCUUAUUCCAACCUGGUGUAUGACUGGGUGAAAGCGGCUGUGAUGUUUGGUGUCAUCAACACUGUGGCUACACUGGACCACCUGGACCCUCCUCAGCCACCGAAGUGUCUGACAAUGCUCUAUGUCUUCGCUGAGACGCACUUUGACAGAGGCAUCAACGACUGGCUGUGCAAGUAUGUUUAUGACUACAUUGGUGGGGAUCAUGAUAAAAUCUUCAAAGAACUCAUAGCAACCUUCUGCACCUUCGCAAUCACCACCCUGUGGCUGGGUCCAUGUCAGCUGGUUUACAUCUGGUCCUUUUUCAACUGCUUUGGCCUCAACUUUGAGCUAUGGGUCGCUAAGUUCUUCUCCAUUCCACCAUUUUCUACCAUUGAGGGUGUUAUGGGAGAGGCUAUGUCGCGCAGGAUCCGUGGUGUGUUCAACGCUGCCAACUUCUGGGCCAUCGUCCUCUACAACAUUCUCUCCCUCAACAGUUUGGAGUUUGCCAAACUGGUGGCCAGGAGACUGAUUUUCAAAGGUUUCCCUCUGUCCACCCUCUCUGUGUUACUUGUGACCUACUGCGGUGUGCAGCUGGUGAAGGAGAGGGAGCGACAGCAGGCCCUGCAGGACGAAGCCGAGAUGGCGAAGGCAGUCAAUGGCGGCAAAGAGAAAGCAGAUUAAACGAACGAGAGAAACCAGAGUUUCACAGACUUCAUGGUCAACAGCCCCCUCACAUUCUUCCAUCCUUGGCCUUGUGUACUGUAAUAGAAACAGAAUGGAACAGCCGGUCAGCACCUACUUGGGUCACAAGCCUGCAUUUCAUGCUGGUUCGUCAGAAGCGAGGCAAAGUUUCUAACUGUGAAAUAUCUAAUAUAUAAGUGCACUUGCUGUAGAUAGUCGUCAUGUCCUCUGGCACAAACCCACCGAAGGUGCAUUUUUGCAUUUGUAUUUUAUCCAAACAAAAGAUUGUUUAGCAAAUGACAGGCCUUCCAAAUAUUGUACGAUGCAACGUAUACCAAAUAGUUCAGGUUGAGGAACAACUACUAUGCUCUGUGUGGUUGUCUCCUGAGUUAAUUCUAGAUUUUUUUUUUUAAUCCUCCUCAACAUGAUUAAUUUUAGUCAGAUGGUUUCUCAGUUUUCCUUUAGAUGCCUUAGAUCCUAAUCCUCAGAAUAUUUAACCGCACUUAAAGGGUUAAAAACUUGAACAAACUUGACACCCUGGUGUCAUGAAUGAGUGCAAUGCAGAAAAUAAAAGGGUACUGUGGAGAUCCUCCACAUUGUUUGCAGUUGAAAGUAUAUUUGCUCUUCUGUCACUAAAGCAAAAAUACAAUCACGGUGUGUGGGAUAGUCUAUUUUAACGUUUAGUAUGUAUCAAAGUUCUCAGUGCGUUGAAAAAUUUUAUGUAGUUCAAAAUUAUCCAGAGAACAACAGUUUACAUGUCAUCUAGUGUGUGCGACAUGUCGGGAUUUGUAUUCUCACAUGAUCCAGGUCGUCAGUUCACACAUGAAAGACAACAGGCCCAGCAGGGAACAUGGGUCAGUCUUAUUCUGCCUGUAUUUAAAACUUGCUGAGUGUCUUCAGAGCAGCGGUUCACAGGGAAUGAAUUCAUGCAGAUUGUAUAACCUUUUCUCAUUUUAGGGAUUUUAUUGAACAAUGGUUAUUUCAAAGGUUUGACUCGGAAUAAAGUUUUGUUUUUAAUCCAGAA